GUAGGCAAUAUAACUAUAGGUUAAAUAUUGGUGCUUACAAGCUGAAGGAGUAAAUUUUAAAUCAUUUCCAGCAUAUAUUUCAGAAUUAAACACAGCUUAUAAUGGAUGUCAAAACAGCACAACAUCCAAAUAUUCAGGCAAAUGCCAUGGCCGUGGAUUUUGACGGAAGGUACUCAGUACUAGGAACUAGGCGUAACAUCAUACUCAUCGAUCUAAACAAUCCACACGAAGUUGCUCGUCGUCUUAAUCGACAAAGUAAAUGGGAUAUUUCUCAUGUUCAAUGGAAUCCAUGUUUCACGAAGAAACAACAUUUUGUCGCUACUUACAGUCAAUGGGCUGAUCUAUGGACAUGGGAUGAAGGAGCUGGAUCUUUGCUUGCAACAUUACGUGGACACACUCGUGUUAUUAGUGAUGUUGAUUGGUGUCCUUGUGAUGAUAAUUUACUCGCAACCUGUUCCAUCGAUACUUAUAUUUAUGUAUGGGAUAUCAGAGAUACAAAACGACCCAAAAUGACACCUUCAGCCGUAGCUGGUGCAAGUCAAGUGAAAUGGAAUAAGUUGGCACCCAAUGUUUUGGCAACUUCACAUGAUGGCGAUAUAAGAAUAUGGGAUAUAAGGAAUGGCCGCACACCGAUGCAAUACAUCACUGCACAUUUGUCAAAGAUUCACAGCUUAGAUUGGAGUCCAGUAGAGCAAGAUAUACUGGCUUCAUCUGGUCAGGAUACAACGGUUAGAUUUUGGGAUACAACUCAGCAGUCAUUGCAAGCAAGUUAUCAAAUAUCUGCUGGAGCUCCUGUGUGGAAAGCUAGAUAUACACCGUUUGGUUAUGGAAUGGUUACUGCACUGAUGUCUCAAAUCCAUAGGUGGGACAACAGUAUAUUGUUGUGGAAUGUGCAGAAUGUAUCUUCAAUUGUUCAUAGUUUUGUUGGGCACCGAGACGUCAUCUUGGAUUUUGGUUGGAGAUAUAAUCAAGAAGAUACUUGUGCCGAACUCGUGACCUGGUCAAAAGAUCAUUCACUAAGAUUGUGGAAAGCGGAUAGCUCUCUGCUGAACCAGUGUGGUUGUGGUGAUAAUCUACAAGAUGAACAACUUGAUGUUGAAGAUGAAGUUUAUGAUAUCAAUGUGACAGCAGCAGAUGAUGAAGGGCUACAAAUGUCAUUGGAUAAUACUCCAGGAAUAAUGCAAUCUCCUCUACCUCCUAGUUUCGGGAGUGAGUAUAGCGUGUCAAGAAAAAGUAACGAAAUGGCGAAGAACAUGCUGACCCCUCGUAGUGGGUCAGGGUCAUUUCGACCUCAAGAUUUAUUCCUGGAACGAGCGUCACCGAGAUAUUCUACUUCACCCACUUAUCCGGUUAUUCCUUCACCCCUCACCCAAAGUACGACACCUAUUGGAUCACUGGAACAGGAAUUUAAAUUGAUGAAUAUCGAUCUGCAAAAUCUGUACAUUGAAGAGCUUGAUCCAAUCCAUCGAACAUGCGCCGUUUUAGUUCAAUCAAACUACAUCGUGGUAAAAGUACUUUGUCAAUUUCCAUCUCAGUAUCCGAACAAUGUUUCACCAACUUUUCAUUUCUUGAAACCGACAAAUAUAAGCCCGAGUGCAGUCAUGAAACUCUCAAAUAUGUUGAGAGAAACGGCACAGAACCAUGUCCGAAGCAAUCUAACCUGCAUUGAACCCUGCUUAAGAAUGUUGUCAAGUCAAGUGGAGAACAUGUCUCAUUCAGAAAUCAACAAUCAAGAUAUUUUUCCUCCUUAUUCCAAUAUGAAAUCUCAGUCGGGAUAUGACAGAAUGUUUGGAACUUACCAACAUCUUGUCAAUAUUCCUUUCCCGAGAACAAGUGGAGCAAGAUUCUGUGGAGCUGGUCAUCUUGUAACCUUCAUGAGACCGACUCAAGUAAAAGGAUUUGAAGCAAGUUCAAAACCUGCACCAAGAUGUUUGGCAACACUUAUUACAUUUCGUAACAACAAUAUGGUUCAGAAACAAUUAAAAGUCGGUCGCCCAAUCUCUGCUGUGCAACACAUAACUCAAUACGCUACAAGUCCUACCGAGAAUUCUGAUAUUUCUGUUAAAUCAUUUUAUUAUAAAGAAAAGAAACCUCGUAAAUCAUGGAAGCAUCAUGUCAAGGAGAGUGUUGGAUCGUCGUCCGAUCCAGCCUCGUCAUCAGAUAAAUUACAGAUGAGACUUCACAAAGCUGCAGGAAAAGUUGUCAUUCAAGACCUUUCUACAGUGUUAACAUUGAAUAAGAAAUUAGCUGAGGAAUAUGUCGUACCCACAAAAUACGAUUAUAUCCAAACUUGUCAAAAGAAUCGUGAGGCUGCAGACAGACUUGGAAGAAAAGAUCUUGUUGAAUUAUGGUCAUCUCUCGAAUUGAUUCAAUCUUCAGUUCUUCAAGAUAAAUCAAAGUUAUCGUCUGAUUAUCGACCAUGGGCAUCAACUAGUUUUGGGAAAGGGCUGUUGUCUUCAUUAAUCGACCAUUACAGUCAACUUCUUGAUGUUCAGACUCUCGCAAUGAUUAGUUGUAUGUUCGUAGAGAACAGCGAGAUAAAACAGGACAGAUAUCAAAUACCUCACAAUAACACUGUACCUCUGUUCAGAACUGGAUCUUUCAGCAGUUUUGAGAAUGAAAGCAGCAAUGGUUCACAUCGAAGUAAUAGUUUCUGUGAAAAUCCUGCAGAUCCAUGGUGGAUGAAAGCCGGUCCUUCACCUACAAGCAAUUUGCCAAACUAUUUGGACAGUCCUCCAGACAGUGAUUACCGAUAUAUAGAAUCUCCUGUUGUUGAUCAUGAACUCAAUGAACACGAUACUCAUGAAAAACUUAAACAACUUUUAGAUUUCAGUAAGGAAUCUCAGUAUGAUGCAUUCAAACAGGCAUAUGCAGAUAUACUGGAUAGAUGGGGAUUGUUGAACCAAAGAACUGAGAUUUUAAAAUACAAAUCGCAGCCUGCACCGGCCCACACAGGAUUAGUGUUCAUGAUUUCCUGCCAGUACUGUGAGUCAGAGACACAAUCGCCUCAGUGUACAUACUGCAGAAAAUUUGCAAUGAAUUGUUCAUUGUGUCAGUUACCUGUCAAGAACCUUAUGAGUUUCUGCUAUCUAUGCGGUCAUGGAGGCCACACAGAUCAUAUGGAGUCUUGGUUUCAAAGCAGCAUGUCUUGUGCGACAGGAUGUGGUUGUGAGUGCAGACCAAGACAAGAUAGAACUAUAUUAUGAUUGCCAAUGAAAAACAUCUCAGUUCGAGCUGAACCUUCACACUGAAUACGGUGAUCCGCCAUGGAAGUGAGCAGUGUAUUAAAUGGUGUUGACAGCAUUCAACCUGUCCAACACAUCAUUUUGUAGUAAAAUCCUAUUCCAUAAUCUAAGAAUUUCAUGCACAAGGGAGCAUAAUGUACACUAAGCAUUGGUAUGAUUACCUUCAACAUAGCUUCCCUUUUUCUGUGAAACGAUUACUUUGCUGGUUUAAUAUCGCAACACAAUGUUUUGUUUACCUGUUGGUCAAUUAUCAAGGGUGUGCAACCUGUGGUUCACAAGGAAAAAUUGUGCGGUCCGUGGAGGAGUGGCCAGCAGAACAAGUUCUUAAUUUAGUUUAAUCCGGUAUGUGCUUGUAAUUCAAAUCCCUUUGCGUGGAAAACUGAGUCCAAUUUCUUAUCUAUGCUUAUGGCGUUACAAUGCCCUACUUGUGCGAAGCGAACAAAGCCUAUCAUAGAAUCAAUAACCAAAAAUUUUGGGCCUGCAAUUACUAGAAUAACUAUGUUGAAUAAAAUGUUGAAAAAUUUCACCCAGAUAUCUGUAAAUGGCCCUCUUGUAUUAAAGGUUGCACAUCCCUGGUCAAUCACAGAUUAUUCGGAAAUCCAUGCAUCUGGAAUUUCAUGGCUGUAUUGGUGACUAUACGUGAUGUAUAAAAGCUGUAGUGUCACUGCAGUGUGUUGAAAAUGAUUUUUUUUAUAAAUAUUGCCUAUAUGAAUACUCUUUUCAAU